GAAUUUUCGCCGUUAAUUUGAUUGGAACAACAAUCGAUGUAUCGAUAGAAUCACGUGAUUCUCAUGUCUGGUUUUCCAUUUGAGAAAAGAAAACAAUUUUUUUCUAAAAUGUUUUGUGUUCCAGGUGAUCGAUUGAGUGUCGCCGAUGAGAAAAAUCUAGGUGGUAGAGGAACGUUUAUCAAAGGAUCUUAUAUUUAUGCUGCUCUUGCUGGUAAAGUUAAUGUUAACCAAAAUGAAGAAAUGAAUAUUGUUGAAGUUGUUUCUUGUGGUGGUAUCACUCGGAAAGUCCCUUUGACUGGUGAUAUUGUUACAUGUCAAAUAGAUAAAGUCACUUCAACUCAAUGUAAAUGUUUAAUUCAAUGUAUAGCUGAUGUUAUGUUGAAAAGACCCUUCAAAGCGAUUAUUAGAAAAGAGGAUGUUCGUGAAACAGAUAAAGAUAAUGUCGAUUUGUAUUCCUGUUUUCGACCUGGAGAUUUAAUUAUAUGUAAAAUUAUUGGUCUUUCCGAUUUUGGUUAUCUCUUGACAACAGCUUCUAAUGAGUUUGGUGUUGUUACUGCAAGAAGUGAAAAUGGUAUUUUAAUGGUUCCAGUAUCUUGGACAGAGAUGAUUUGUCCUGAAACAAAAGUGAAAGAACCUCGAAAAGUAGCCCAAUUAACUAAAAGUACCAAAGAAAAGUCAAAAGCUCCAAUCGUUAAAUUAGAUUAAAUCGAAUUGAAUAGUUGGGAUUUAUAUUGUUAACAACUCUAUUACUAGAGAGGCUAAACAAAUCAACGACUAUUGAAUCUCUCACACGACAAGAUUCAUGUAAAUAUGUGAAUCAAUUUCAUUAACAAAAUAUUGAUUAUCUCCAUUCAAA